UGGUUAUGAUUCCAGAUGAAAAAUUAAAUCCAGAUCUUAAAAAGGAGGCAACACUGCUGCUGAACUCCAUGGAGGAUUUCAAACCAGAACUGUUUGGUUUACCAGCAUAUGAUUAA